AUGAGGUCUGAAUCGCGAGACACUCUUGAAACAGUGUCGUCACGAAACCCUGGAGAGAUUCGCACAAAGCGACAAUCUCCCUACGCCAACUACGGUGGUGUACCAGCAGGAUCGUGCUGCGCCUGCACUCAAGGAACGCCUGGACCUCGUGAUCCGCGUGGUCCUCCAGGAGAUCCCGGACAACCUGGAGUGGACGGCUUUCCUGGACGUAGUGGUCUUAAUGGAAGGAAUGGAAAGUACCUGCCUGCACCACCUCCUGGAACAAACGCUUGUCAGAAGUGCCCUCCCGGACCACCGGGACCGCCUGGAAUGCCUGGAGCAAAAGGUGAUCGGGGUGAACCUGGCAAACCCGGCACUCCUGGUCGUGUAGGUGAAGACAAUCGACCUGGACCACCGGGGCCUCCAGGUGUUCGCGGUGAACCGGGGCCACCUGGACCAAAAGGUCCAACAGGAGAUCGCGGCAAGGUUUUGAAUGGAGCACCUCCUGGUCCUCCUGGACCUCCAGGAAAGGUCUGUACUUCAACUAGUCCUUCAACAAUCUCUCUAGCUAUUGAGUGUCCAUUUCAGGUUGGUCCACGUGGUCCACCAGGAACCAAGGGUAAUGACGGAAAGCCUGGAGUAAUGGGUAAUCAAGGAAUUCGUGGUGCUGUUGGAACGAGAGGAGAUCCAGGAAACCCAGGUUUACCAGGUCCACAAGGUCCUAAAGGCGAACCUGGAUAUCCUGGUUCUUGUGCACAUUGCGAAACUGCGGCUUCAAAAUCGCCGGCAUCGAGCUCUAGCUCUAGCUCCGCUUCCAAAGAGAAAUAUAAGGACACCGGUUAUAAGGAGAAUCUAUCGGGCGAAUCAAACAACGAGUUUCUGUGGAUACAUUAA